UGUUUUUAAUUUAAAAAAUGUGUUUUUAAUUACAUUGACUUUACAAUUCGGUUACAUGAUGUUUAUUAAUCGAAAUCUCUAAUACAUUCCUAUUCAACUUGUCCAUACGAGAAGUUUAUAUUUUCAACAACAACAGUAUGUCUGGAGAACAAGAAAAAAGUUAUUGCUUUAAGAUAGAAAAUAAAUUUGUAGUAAAAAGUGGAUGUAAGAAGCGAAUGUGGAGAUCACUCAAGCAAAUAUUGACUGCAGAACGCGCUUUGCCUUGGCCAAAUGAUUCUAUUCUGUAUUAUUCAAUAAAUGCUCCGCCUACAUUCAAACCAACAAAGAAAUAUUCUGAUAUAUCGGGAUUGCCCGCACCCUAUAUGGACAGACAUUCAAAACUUUACUAUAGUAAUGCCGAGGAAUUUGCGACAGUACGGAGCUUGCCAAUGGAUAUAACAGCCGGAUAUCUUCAGUUAAGAGGAGCUAGCACUUUAGUUGGAUAAUAAAAUUAAAUAUGAUUAUUGUGUAAAUAUA